CAGAGGCGGACCGAAAUCACUCACAACAAGUCCAUUCACGAAACCGAGUGGAAACAACCCACGUAAAAGGCUGUGUAGACUUCGUAUUAAAUUAAAUAUUUCUAAAGGAAAGCCGGUGUUUACUCCAGACAUCUGUGUAAACAAGAUUUUUUAUCAGCAUGAAGAACUUUCUGGCUAUUUUACACUUUGUGAUACUUUUUUCAAUGUGUGAGAUACUUGGAAAACAUCGAGCGAACGCUGGCAUGUGCUGGUUGCAGCAGGGUCCGGAGCACCGCUGUGACAUGGUGCUCAUGAGGGGUGUGAGCAGGAGGGAGUGCUGUGAGGCUGGCCGUCUGGACACUGCCUGGUCCAAUACCAGUCUGCCCAUCAAUGAAGUCAGCCUGCUGGGAUUCCUGGGAAUAGUUUCUUGCAAGCCAUGCAAAGAGAACUGUGAAGGGGUGAAUUGCAGCCCUGGAAAGGUGUGCAGGAUGAAGGCAGGGCGUCCGCAGUGCAUAUGCUCUCCAGACUGUUCUAACAUCACUAAACACGGCGUUUGUGGGAGUGAUGGGAACUCGUACAAAGACGAGUGUGCACUCCUGAUGGCUCGCUGCAAAGGUCACCCUGACCUAGAGAUUAUGUACCAGGGGGAAUGUAAAAAGUCUUGCUCCAAUGUCGUAUGUCCUGGUACACACACCUGCGUGACAGACCAGACCAACAGUGCUCACUGUGUUAUGUGCCGCACUGCGCCGUGCCCGAUGCCCAUGGUCACUGAGCAAACCAUCUGCGGCAAUGAUAACAUCACUUACCCCAGUGCCUGCCACUUGCGCAGGGCUACCUGCUUUUUGGGUCGCUCCAUAGGGGUUCGCCACUAUGGACACUGCAGAAGUAAUGAAGGCAGUGAGGAAAAUUCACUCUUCUGAGGAUGUCAGCUUUACUCAAGAGCAAUUCUGUUCCAUGUACAUAUAAAUAAGGCACAUAUGAUGUGAAAAAGCCUGUUUGAAACCAUUUGCAGUAGUCUCACAACAGGGUCCUCUGUACCAAAGAACUGCUACUAUUAUUUUAAACGCAUGCAUUAGUAUAAUUAAAGGGAAACGUGUGCCUUUGCUUCGCCUGUCUUUGUUUUAACAGGAGAAUUGAAUUGAUGAACUGACAAUGUGUAUAUUGUAAAUAAACUACAAGCUACUAUUUAUUGGUGAAAAGUAAUGAAGUUAUGAAGUCAGUGUUAUUUAUGUUUAACACGUUUGAGACACCAUAUAUCCAUAGAUCAGCUGCCUUUAUCAAGUUAUUUAUUAUACUUAUGUCAGAACUUAAUAAUGUAAAUGCACACGAUCCAGCUCUAUGUAUACCAGACAGAGUACAUGGACAAAAACUGCACUAAUGCCAGCAAUUUUCUUUUUGAUAACCUGAGUUAGUAAGGGAUACUUACUUCACUUAGACAACCCUUCUCAUUAAACUAAUUUAAUUCAUAGGUUGGAUACCAGAGCACCACAGCAAAAAUAACCAAAUACAUUCAGUAAGGUUAGUCUAAAUACGGCCUAUCUAAAAUGUGCCUCUCUGAAGGGAACCAUGUGGCUGCAAGGUUGAAAUUCUUAUGGACAUGGGAGACUGUUUACUCACUGAGAUAAAGUGUUGUGCGUGUACUGUUUGUAUUCAGAAGGAUUACUCAGUCAAAACAGCAAUGCUUCCAGGCCUUGCGCUGCAGUGCACGCUACAUUGGCGUGAAGACCAAACUGAGCCACCCACCAAGCAAUGAAAUUACCAGCAACAGUCUAAUGGCAGUGGUUUUUAUGAGGACGCUGGGACAGUCAAAGAAUGUACAGUACAUUCUGCUGUUUUAAUGGUUUUCACAUUGUUGGGCUUAUGUUUUUGUCAUUUUGUGUGUCUAUGAAGUGUUUGGGUGACUUGAACUUGUUAUAUACUGAACUGGCGAGAAGGAGAAAUUCAAAGACUAGACGUUGUAAAAACUCAGUCCUCUUUUUUAAUUUUUGUUUUAUUCCCUGUAGUAAAUGGUGUGGUGUUACAGUAUGUGAAUAAGAAGGUUUCACGGUUGUAUUUGUGUAAAUCAUCAUUGUGUUUGUUCCAAACUGUACUGAAAUGCAUAACCUUUCAGAAAAUAUUUUAACAUGCCUGUAAAUAGAGACAUUUUGCAGUAUUUAAAUAUACUGUGAAAUUCAUUGGUAUUAAUGCAUCAAGUUAUUUUUUAUUUUCUUUUUUAAUGAUAUUUAAUUUUUAAUUAAAACAAAAAAUUAAUA